UGAUGCUUAUCAGUGAUUAGAAAUUUUCGUAGUGUUUCUUACGUUGACAGUUGGUUAGUUUUGAUUAUUGUAACGCCGUAACGAUCAUCGGUAACAGAUGGCUAAACAGUUGCUAGUCGCUCUUGUGUUGGUAGUCGGCCUCUUUCAAGCCGGGCAAUGUGCUGCUGUGGCGCAGGAAAGAGGAAUCAAAAUUGCGCACGAGCAACCCAAAGAAUUUACCUGCCCAGAUGACGGUACCUAUCCAUCACCGGGAGAGUGCAGUGGUGUCUAUUACCUUUGCUCCGGCGGCGUUGCUUACCCUCAGGUAUGUCCGGAAGGCAACGUAUUUGAUCCAGUCACUUUUGUCUGCACGCCUUCUGACGAAGCUUCGUGUAAUCAGAAAUUCAACUGCCCUGCCGACGGUUUGUUCCCGUAUCCAGAUGCAUGUGCCAAUAUUUACUUCAUUUGCAGUGCUGGCCAGUCUUACAUAGAGUAUUGCCCUCCGAACUAUGUCUUUGAUCCAAUCACCUUCAGAUGCGAAACGAAAGAAGCCGCAUCUUGCACGCCAACCGAUGCUCCGACCGAUGCACCAACCGAUGCCCCUACCGAUGCCCCUACCGAGGCUCCUACCGAUGCUCCUACCGAUGCACCAACCGAUGCCCCUACCGAGGCUCCUACCGAGGCUCCUACCGAUGCACCGACGGAAGCUCCGACCGAUUAUCCAACCGACGCUACGACACAGUUUUGAAUAUGAUGAGAUUCUUUGCCGCUAGAUGGGCACAUGUGUUAAAAAAGAGCGCAGUUUAACGCGCUCUCUCAACACGCAAACAAAUGGUUCCAAAUUCAUUAAAAAAAUACACACUUUGAUUCAAUAAAUGAUGUUCCUUGGUGCAA